AUGGAGAACCCGCUCACGCAGCCGUUCCGCACCAUCCUCCUCCUCCUCGCGCUUUAUAUCAGCAGUCGAUCGCUCUACACCAUCCUCACCACCGAGCUCACCGGACCCGCGCUCCGCACGGAGUGGGCGAUAUGCACCGCGGACCUGCUCGUGCUCGGCUGGAUCCUGUGCCGCGAGUGGACGGCGGUGGACAGGGACGACGCCGAGGUCGAGCUGCCCGCGUUCUCUGGCCCCGCGGACGGGUGGAGGCACGAGCAGCAGCGGCGGGAGGUGUGCAGGUACUGCGCGUGCUGUACGGAGCGCCACCAUCUGAAGCCUGGCGCCGACGCCGGAGAAGCGGACGAGUCGGCCCCGCUGUUGAGCGGUAGGGAGGCUUCAGACAUGGUAUAG